GGUGGGGUGGGGUGGGUGUCUUUUGUUUGUUGAUGGGCGUAAUGAUGUCUGCUGUUGUUUGUUGUUGUGUGGGUUGGGGUUUUUUUGGAGUUGGAGUUGGAGCAAGCAAGCGAGGUUUCGGGGGAUUUUGGGUUGUUUGUUUUGUUGGUAUGGGAAAAACAAAAGAGAAAAGAUUGGCUGGCGGGAGGGAGGGCGGUCUGCCUGUCUUCUGGAGGGCACUUCCCAUGUAUGGUUUCUUUCUAUCUUGUGGGAGCCAACCCGUUAGGAUGGUCGGGCGUAUAGCGGGGAUCUUCUGUCUCUGCAUGCUUGGCUGGUUGCCCGAGCUGAUGAUGGAGAUGGAGAUAUGUUGCAAGAGGACGAGGAGGAUAUACCACACUCAGAUUGUUUUUGCGGUGAAUAUACACAGAAUAUUAAGAAGGAUGGCUUGACGAAGCUGUGAGCGGAGUUUGAGAAAGUGACUCCGAGGCAGUGAAACAGGGUCAGGAUGCCGACCGAGUGACCAACGGCGGCAGACAGAGAGAUGGUCUUCCACAUCGUGAGCGCUGUGCAUGGCGGAGUAUUAUCUUGUACCUUUCUUCUGCGGAGUUGGAUUCACUUAGGUGGGGUAAGUAGCAGCAAUGUGAGCCUUAGAGAAUGGAAGUUGAGUAGUUGACUGGGGAUUUCCCGAAGGUUGGGAUUAAGGGAGGUAUCAAACAU